UUCCUAUACUGAGUUUUGAAACGAACUGAUGCUAAAUUGAUGGCAGAAACGAAGCUGACAAGUGAAACAGCAUAGAGAAGGAAAAUGACGACUACAAACUUGGAAGUACGAGUAAACGCAGUGAACGUUUCUCAAUUCGAUCAUACACCGUUCUACUGUGAGGAGAAUGUAUACUUUCUUUGCAAGAAAUUGUGCCAGAUUGGAACAGCAGAUGCUGAGGGUUCUGAUCUCUUUGUUGCUUUCAUUUCCAACGAAAAGAAACAGAUUCCUCUGUGGCAUCAGAAGGCCAGUAAGAGAGCAGAUGGGAUUGUACUUUGGGAUUAUCAUGUCAUUUGCAUUCAGAGAAAAGGGGAUGGUGACUCUCCUUGUUUAGUGUGGGAUUUAGAUUCAAGUCUUCCCUUUCCUUCUCCUUUGGCUGUUUAUGUUUCUGAAACUAUCCGCCCAUCGUUUCAGCUCUUUUCUGAUUACCAGAGGUUCUUUAGGAUUGUGCAUGCUCCAUUAUUCCUCCGUUACUUUGCAUCUGAUAGAAGACACAUGAAAGAUUCUACUGGGAACUGGAUUGCUCAGCCUCCUGCUUAUGAACCGAUAGUAGCUGAAGAUGGGACUGUGCACAACUUGAAUGAAUACAUGGAGAUCUAUGCAUCUAAUGAGUUGACAGAUAUGGGCGCUGAUUCUGUCAAUUUAGUUUUUAACCAAAAACAUGGUGUGGUGAUAAGUGAAAGUCGGGUGGAGGAACUCUUCUCCCUAAUCUCUUGAUUCGCCUGAUUGCCAUUGCUUCAAAUUUUGUUAGAGAAUUGAGAUUUAUUCGAACACAUUGUAUAGAGUUGAUGUUUUCUCUGAGUUUCUGUGUUUGGCAGAAAUAUGAAUAGUAACUACGUUUCUCAUGGUUGUGGUAUUGAACUAAUGAGAAAUUUCGAAAUAAUAAUGAGAUGGGUUUGGUUUUAAAGCA